AUGAGGUGAGGAAGAGGAGGAGACAUAGGACAAAAAGAGAAGAAGAGCUGGAGCUACAGAGAAGCGAAAAAAUUAAACGUUUUUAUUCAACUAAACAUCAUUCAGCGAUGAAGCACAUCCUGCUGGCCGUUCUUUGGUCCGGCCUCAGCCUCCGACUGGUUCUGCACAGCAGAGCCGAGGAAGGUCUGGAGUUCCCGAACUUUGACGGGAAGGAUCGGGUUCUGGACAUUAACGAGCGCAACUACAAGAAGGCCCUGAAGAGGUACGACCUGCUGUGCCUGUUCUUCCACGAGCCGGUGCCGAACAACAAGGGCCUGCAGAAACGCUUCCAGAUGACGGAGCUGGUGCUGGAGCUCACAGCUCAAGUCCUGGAGAAUAGGGACAUUGGUUUUGGGAUGGUGGACUCCCAGAAAGACGCCAAAGUAGCAAACAAACUGGGUCUGCAGGAAGUCGGAAGUGUUUAUGUGUUUAAGGACGACCGCGUCAUUGAGUUCGACGGGGAGCUUUCAGCAGACACCUUAGUGGAAUUUCUAUUGGAUGUUCUGGAGGAUCCGGUGGAGAUCAUCAACAACGCCAUGGAGCUGCGGGCCUUCGAGAGGAUGGAGGAGGACAUCCGCCUCAUCGGCUACUUCAGAGGAGAGGACUCCUACUACAAAGCUUUCCAGGAAGCUUCAGAGAGAUUUCAACCUUACAUCAAGUUCUUUGCAACAUUCGAUAAAUCUGUUGCCAAACAUCUCUCCCUAAAGAUGAAUGAAGUGAAUUUCUACGAACCGUUCAUGGAGGAGCCGGCCAUCUUGCCUGGGAGACCUCUGUCUGAGCUGGACAUCGUUGAGUUUGUCAACCAACACAGGAGGGCUACACUGAGGAAGCUGCGGGCAGAGAAUAUGUUUGAGAUUUGGGAGGACGAUAUGGACGGGAUACAUAUUGUUGCCUUCGCCGAGGAGGAAGAUCCAGAUGGCUACGAGUUCCUGGAGAUCCUGAAAGACGUGGCGAGAGACAACACCAACAAUCCGGAGCUGAGUAUCGUCUGGAUCGAUCCUGACGACUUUCCUCUGCUGACCACUUACUGGGAAAAAACCUUCAAGUUGGAUCUGUUCAGGCCCCAGAUCGGCGUAGUAAACGUCACAGACGCGGACAGCGUUUGGCUGGAUAUGUCCAACGACGAGGACCUGCCCACGGCGGAGGAGCUGGAGGACUGGAUCGAGGACGUCCUGUCCGGCAGGGUGAACACCGAAGACGACGACGAAUUCGCCGAUGAGCGGGAAGACGAGGUCUACGUCUCAGAAGACGGCGACGGAAAUCCGGAAGACGAGAACGACGGAGAUGAUAGAGACUAUUAGCCUGCAAGAGUUAAAGUUUGGGUUCAAUCGUUAAAGAAACAUUUAAGGUAGUGGCUUUAUUAAAUAUGUAGAUGGUAGAUGCCUGAAGCUGUAGUUCUUCUUCUGAUUAAUUCCUCUUUGUUACUUAAAGGACAAAAAUUUCUUUGUGCAACAAAUGAAAACAAGUUUUAGAAGAAUAAAAGAAAUGACGUACCGAGCCUGUGUAUAUUUAUCUCUAACCAAUAAAUAUCGUUCUUCAAUGAA